AUGGCCGAAUAUAUCACCAUCAUGAUCAUAAACAACAAGACUGCACCACAAAUAUCCAGCGAGUUGGAGGAUUUGAUCGGCUCAGAUUUUGACCGCAGUUUUACCGAUUGGCUUUUUGCUGAAGCUGCGAAGGGCGCUCCUUCGGAGCUUAUAGGCGACUCACAAUCUGCGACUGAGACCCAGUCCACCCAACCAUCCGAACCCGCUGCUCGCGACCCUCCCCCUCACAUACCACAAGAUGCGGCCCGUCGCAACCCCCCAAGCGGACCGCGUAACAGCGCCCCGAUAUAUCAACAAGCCAUGGCCCAAGCUCUUCCGUCUUCUUCCCCCUCCCAAAAACGAUCAGCCUCCGCACGUUCACCUUCCCCCGGUGGUCACCCGCCGGCAAAGACGAGGCGGACUGACGUACCUGUUGGUCCGAGGGCAAUGCUUCGUGAUGGUGGAGCUCAUAGCGGGAGCGGAGGAGGUUCAAGGAGCUUGAUGGAUCGUAUUGGCGGCGCCGCUCCCGGAAACAUGCACCACCAAGCUCACCACCGGAAUAGCGGCGGCGGGUUCUCUCGUAGCGACGAUAUCCAAGCCCGCAUCGACAAUAUCACCUCCGGUUCGCCCCUCGAUCCCGCUGCAAUGCAGGCGGCUAUGCAGGGCGGCUUCAUGCCUAACGGAAUGGACAUGAGCGCUGCUAUGGGCAUGGGUGCCAACCCUUUGAUGUUGCAGGAGAUGAUGAUGAACCAGAUGGCGUUGAUGGCGCAGAUGGCGAAUAGUCUGGGGAUGAUGAACGGUGGAGGAUUCGGGCCGCAGGGUUUCCCUGGUAUGCCGCAGGAUAUGGGGAUGUACGGCCAGCAGGGGAUGAACGGAUUCCCACAAGGAGGUCCAGGUCAGCAGCAGCAGCAGCAGCAACAGCAACAGCAACAGCAACAGCACCAAGGUGGUGCCGGUGGAAGAGGCAGAGGUGCAGGAAGAGGAGGACGUGGAUCUGGUCGAGGUCGAGGUGGUGCUUCCUCGGGAGGCGACGACCAUUCCACUCACCAACAUGCCAACGAGGCUUCAAAACCAUCCCUUGAACCCCGACCAAACGCUGCCAUUCCUAUCGUUGCCCCUACGCCUGUACUUCCCCAAUCCCACCCGCAGCCUUCAAAAUCUACCUUCGCUGUUCCAGAAAGGCCCUUGUCUCCGACUUUGUGCAAGUUCGCAAUGAAGUGCACGAAUGCGCAUUGUAGAUGGGCUCAUCCUUCGCCCGUCGCUACCGAUCAGAGCGGUGUGGUCUUGAGCAACGAGGCGUGUGAGGCGGGCAGAAAUUGUGUUGACAAGGACUGCGUCAAGGGCCAUGUUAGCCCUGCUGCCGUCAAUCCUGCUCUCGCCGUGGAACACGUUCCGAAGAGCGCUCCGCCCGCACCUGUCUCGACAUCCUCUCCUAUCGCCUGCCGCUACGGCGCCUCUUGCACCCGUCAAGCCACAGGCUGCCCCUACCAGCAUCCCGCCUCUUCCACAAAGCCCAAUCACUUUGCCCAACAAUGUCGGUUUGGAGCGGGUUGCACGCGUGCGACUUGUCCCUUCCAACAUCCUGAGGGACGCGUCUUGCCUGGUUCCUUCCAUCGUGGUCUCUCGACCACCGGGCCCAUGGUCAACGUCUCGACGCCGGCCACUGGCUCCAUUGGGGCAUCCAGUCAUCAUCGUAGCAUGACGUUCAAUAACGCUGCUACAGGUGGUGUACCGAGUCGCGCGAGUACGGAGGGUUUGAGCGGGAAGGAGGAUUUGGAGAAGAGGAUGAAGGAGAUCGAGGAGAAGAAGAGUGAGGCGGAGAGAAUGGUCAAGGAGGCGGAGGAUAAAGCUGCGGCUAAAGGUGGGGAGAAGCCUGCUGUCGCUAUCACUGCAUAA